CCUCUUGUGGGUGUGACUGUAUAUUAAAAGUGGGGUAAUGAAAACGAAAGUUCAGUGUUGCAAAGUCCAGAAUGGCGUCUGCUUAUGAGUCUGAUGAGGAAAAGCCUUCUGAGAGUGAAUCUGACGUCACUGAGUCGGACGAUGAAGGGACUUCAGAUAUAGAAACUGAUUGUCAGGGGAAAGAGCCGUGCAAGCAUUACAACCGCGGUCGCUGUCGGGAUGGUGCAAAGUGCUCUUACCCGCACGUCUGCAAGAACGCCCUGUCAGGAAGCUGUCGCUACGGAGACAAGUGUAAACUGAAACACCCCAGAGAAGGACGAGAGCGCUUUGGUGACAGCAGGAGGGCUCCAGACCGAUCAACGUCUGCUGAUCCAAAGCUUACUGAUGGCCGAUACUACCAGUGGCAGCUGGAUGAUGGAAACGACUGGAUGGAUGUUGGUAAUGAUCACAUUAUCGAAGCCCAGUACUCGCUGCCCCACACCAAAAGCAUUAAAAUCUACAACACACCGUAUGGGGCGGUGAAUAUAGAUUUCAACAGGAUGAGAGUGCAUGGAAAGAGUCUGAGAGUGAGACGUCUGGAUGAUGGAAAAGCUGAAUGGAUCUGGUACUGCACACUGCGUCGGAAGUGGAUCAAGUAUGGAGACAAGGAUUCGAAGGGUAACCCCAGUCCUGUGAAGAGCGCUGACAUAGAGAAUAAGUUCCAGAGUAACCCAACCAGCUCUUACACUUUCACCGUCGGUGCUGAUACCGUUGAGAUCAAAUUCAGAGAUAUGCGCCAGGUGACAGCAAAGAGAAAGAGGAGAGUUACUCGUCGACCUCUGUACCGGGAACAGCCAGCAGGAGCAGGAGUUUCUCAAGCAACCGCUGCCCUCCAGCAUCUUUCUGUGGACAAACCUCAGUGGCAGUUUGAGGGAGACAGUGGAGCUUGGCACGAGUUCAAACACAGGCGUCACACUUCAACUGAAUGCUCAGUAACCAGCGAUGACAUCGAGAAGAAGUACCAGCAAAACCCCAAAGGCAACAUGACCUUCAAAGUGAAAGGACACUCCUACCAGCUGGACUUUGCAGAGAUGAUCCAAACCAACCUCAAAACCAAGCGUUCACGCAAAAUCAGACGUGUGCAGGUGUGAGAAAGAAAAGGGGAUUUCCAAGACUUGAAGAAGAAAGUCCGCAAACAAUUGUGCAAUACUAUUCAUUCAACUAUUCACGAUUCAUAUAUUUUGGGUGUACACCGAAAAUUGUUGGCUCUACAUUGGUGUCUUUUUGCUAAAUGAAAUAUUGUGUUUGUAUUAGAAAGGAAUUCAGGAUCAAAUUAAAUGAUACUGAAAAAAACUUAGUUGCCAUAGGGGACUGUGACAAAAGGAUUUGAAGUUUACACAUAAAUACUGCCUCGGAUUAUGUAAUGCACUAACAUGCACACUGCUGGUGCAAUAUGCUUUGCUAUAGGACGAACACUCCUGAAAUUAUCUGAUAUUUCAUGUUACGUUCAUGCUGCCACAUAUCUAUAUACUGCCUAAUUGACUAAUUUAGAACCAAAUGUAUUUAUUAUAUAUUGAUUUGUUGCUGCCUGAUGCCUCUUCAUGUUGUACUGCCCCUGUAAAACUAAAUGUCCCUUGUGUUGGACUAAUUAAGGAUUAUCUUAUCUAAUGCAAAUUCAAGUUCAUUUUCAAACAGCGUUAUUUUUCCACACAUUACCUUUGAUGUGUGUUACAUGACAAAAAACACAGGAUGUAUCGUAAUGCAAUAAAAAUUUGCAAUUCCUCAGUUCAA